CCGAAAAAAAAAGACAAGAAGAAAUCACUGACGUCAAAAAAACAAAAAAAGUUCUUGCGCUAAUUGAGGGUUGUUGCAUUAUCGGCUUUGGAUUUUUGAUUGAAUUUUUUAUGGCCGUUUUCUGAUUGGCGUGCAGUUAGUUGGUCAAUCAAAGAUAUUGAAGCAUACAUCCGCUUUCUCUUUUCUCUUUGACCAUCACGAUUUCCAUCUCAAAAUAAUGCCAUCUCCUUCCGGAAAGGAGGCUUUGGCUGCCACGUUGGACAAAAAAGCACAACAACCUCCUCCUUAUCCUUUUUGGCUGGGAGGUGCAGCUGCAAGUAUAGCAGCAUGUUUUACUCAUCCUUUAGAUGUCACAAAAACAAGGCUACAAACAGCAUCAGCAAAACAAGGAACGAUUGGAACACUCGUAGGAGCAGUGAAGAGUGAUGGUAUCUCUGGAAUCUACACAGGUCUAACAGCAAGCUUGCUACGUCAAAUGACAUACAGUGUCACACGUUUUGGUGUAUAUGAUUACCUUAAAGCACAAAUCAAACCUACAAUACGGUAUAAGAAAGAUGGAAAAAAGGAAGAAAAGUUAUCACCUUGGUCUGUCGCUGCAGCAGCAAGUGUAGCAGGAGCAGCAGGUGGAAUAGCCGGUAAUCCGGCCGAUAUCGUCCUUGUUCGAAUGACAUCUGAUAUUAACAAGAAGCCAGCAGAAAGGUAUAAUUAUUCAAAUGCACUUACUGGACUGUAUAAAAUGGUACAAACCGAAGGCGUUGGAUCUUUGUUCAGAGGUGUGGCUCCGAAUACGAUUCGUGCCGUUUUGAUGAACGCAUCGCAACUUGCAACGUAUGAUCUAGCAAAAGAUGCUUUGUUGGCAACUGGAUAUUACAAGGAAGGCACUUGGCUACACUUCUCAGCAAGUUUUGUCGCCGGUACAGUAGCCACUACAGUUUGCUCACCUGCUGAUGUUGUCAAAGCACGAGUGAUGCAGAGUAGCACAAACGGAGGUGGAAGCAUGAUUGGGAAAUUACAGAAAGCUAUCCAGAGAGAGGGAGUUGGAUUUUUGUUCCGAGGUUGGACCCCAGCGUGGAUACGGCUGGCACCAAAUACUAUCCUAAUCUUCUUGACGUUGGAGAAGCUCAGAGUGGUUGUUGAUAUGGCAAGAGAAAAGCGUGGAAUACCGACAAAGAGAACGACACAAGCGACAACGACUUCCUAGGGCGAUAAUUUACUGGCAAAACACA